GCACUGACUUUCAUUUGUAAAGUUAAAAGUUAGCCUUGAUAUAUUUCACAAAUUUGUAGUCAACAAGCCAAAUUUGUUUUUUUUUAACCUAUAGACAGAGAGAGGAUGGUUAAUCUGCUAGGAAAUGAGCCGAUGCGCCUUAAUCGGAAUCGGACCGACGAGCUGAAGAGUAAAAUCAAGAAGGCGUCAACGCUGGAAACAAUGCAGAAGAUGCUGAGCAGGCUGUCGAUCCAUUGCUUUCAUAAGUGCGUACCGAAACCAGAGGAUUCCUUGGACAGCCGCCAGCGUAUGUGCAUCUCUUUGUGCAUGGAUCGUUAUAUGGACUCCUACACUCUGGUGGCGCGUGCCUUAGGCAAUCGUCUGCAGGCUGAACUGAAGGAGGGCCUCGAGCAGCAGACGCAACAGCAAAGGCAGAGCCAGUCAUGAGCAUAGCAGCAACAGUAGCAUUGUUCAAAUUUUGGAAACAACUCUCAUAUUAGUUCGAUAUUAUAAAGUUGCCUUUGGAUAAAGUGUUUAUUUAAAUUUAAGUUGGUAUAUUUUCGAAAUCGGUUCGAGUCUGGAGCCACGCAAAAAAUUUUUAGUUACGUAAGGUCUUCGGCGAGAUAGAGAGAUAAAGUGGGAGAUAGAUAGAGGGAGAGGGAGAGGGAAA